GCCAAAGGGCCUCUGACUAUAGAAUAAGGGGAAAUAAAUAAACAAGUUCAAAAACCCCAUUUCCAAACCUCUCUGACCCCCAAAUCCAAUUAACCAGAAGGGAAAAAUGACGAAAGAAGAUGGGGUGGACACCGAUGUCGACGGAGAAAGCUUGGGCAACUGCCUGAGCGGUUUCAUUGAUGAUGGUAGCAUCGAAAGCCAUCGAUACUAUUUGGCUCGCAGAACCACAUUGGAGAUGCUGAGAGACCGUGGAUUUGCCGUUCCGAAUGCUGAAAUUGAAGUUUCUCUUCAAGAAUUUCGUAACAAGCAUGGGCAGAAGCCGGAUAUUGAUAAUUUGAGAAUCACCUCUCUUCACAGGGAUGACCCUUCUAUUAAGGUCUCUGUUUUUCUCCUUUACUUUUGCCUUUUUUUUUGGGCAAGAUUCCUAUACUGGGCUGGAGUGAUUUUUGCUAAAAGUUACUUUUUGAAAACUGUAACUUUGAAUUUUCUCAAGGAUGACCAUCCUUCUGAUAAGGUCUGUUUUUCUCCUUUUAAACCAUUUUCUCUUGAAUUUUACCAUCAUUGUAAUCUCAAACAGCAUAUUACUUGCCAAUUCGUCUUUCUUAUAUCAUUUUGUUCAAUAAUUGAUUUGUCCUUAUCCUUUUUUAUUUUAUGUGGCGAUCCACCUCACAUUCCUGAUAAUUUUCCAUGCCUUCAGAUCACUGACUUGCUUGUCAAUAUUACUAAGCAUGAUUGCAAACCAAAGCAUCAGGUGCUUACUGAACAAGAGAAACAAAGUUUAUUAAAGAAGUACUCCCUGAAUGAAACACAGCUUCCGCGGAUGCUGCAAAAAGAUGCAAUUGCUCGUUACUAUGGCCUCGAGAAAGGGCAGGUCGUGAAGGUCAUGUACAGUGGUGAACUUACUCAGUUGCAUACCAGUUAUCGCUGUGUUUGGUGAUGCUUUAAUGCCUUCUAUUGUCAGACGUCAUGGCUUUAGAUCCCUAAAGACGGCCAUAUGUAAAAUGUGUGGUGUUGUGAAGGCAAUGCUUCUUAAAUAUAAGAAAUGCUAAUUGACAAUUGUGUGUUUCAUUAGAAUUCUGGUUUUUGUUUUUAUGAAACGACUCGAUGGGACUUAUGUAAUGUAGCUAAUGGGAGUUGUGCUUUUGUUUUCUUGUACUUGGUUGAAUGUUGAGAGAGUUCUGUCGUAACAUGAUGAAUUAUUUAGAUUUGCCUGAGGAGAUCGAAAUUUGCUACUAGUGUUUGAACCAUUUGAUCAACGAGGCAAUAGAAGACUUGUG